AUCUCUUCUUGCCGAAAUAUUUUUUGCGACUUGUAAAUAGAUUGUUGCCUGCGCAUUCUCUUUCGUCCAUUCCCCUCACGUACUGAGCGCGCGCAGCCUCUCUCGAGUACGCUGCUUAGGCGGAUUCUUGCUUGCCUUCAUUCCCAUCUCUCGGCGGCGUAUCGUGAGCAUAAUUCGAUCUUUACGUCUCAGAAGACAAGGAACCGGGCUCGGGGAGCUUCAGGUCACCUGCUGAGGGCAGCACGGCAAACAGAGUCGAAGAGCUUUGGAUUAAAAUUGCGUCUGAAUAAAAUUGGUUCUGCGGCCACUCGUUCAGAAGUCUCAAUAUCAUAGGAGCGGAAUGGCUCCUCCUCCGUCGAUGGCGGAGAGGAGGGAAAACGACCACGGCACCGCGCCUGCGACGAAUCUGCCAGUCCCUUCGCCUAGUGAGGAAAACGAAGCCGUCAAUGGUCCCGUUUAUUCUGAAAAGGACGAUGCAUAUGACGUGACCGCUCGACCAAGUUCGGAGAGCUUGCACCAUACAUAUACUUCAAUUGUGCCUCCCGACCAUGGAGUCAACGUCAAGCGCGCAGAAGCUGAUUUUGCCGAAUUGAGUAGAGAGCUUUCCAAGUCCUCGGCUCAGGCUGGUCGAAUUUCUAGAGUGCAAAGCAAAAGAAGUCACUCCAAGCUGAAAGACGAGGAGAAAGACGUGGUCGUCUCUUCAAGUGACUCCGAGGAGACCGAUGAGCCGUUCGAUCUGGAGGCAACGCUGCGCGGCAACAAAGGCGAAGAGGAGGCGUCAGGAAUCAAGACCAAACGCAUCGGCGUCAUCUGGGACGGCUUGACGGUCAGUGGGCUUGGUGGCGUCAAGAAUUAUGUCAAAACCUUUCCGUGGGCAUUCGUGAGCUUUUUCAACGUCUAUGAGACAGCGAAAAAUCUUCUCGGAUUGGGCAGGAAGGGACAAGUCUUCAACAUCUUGAAGGACUUCCGCGGUGUCUUGAAACCAGGCGAGAUGUGCCUUGUCUUAGGUCGGCCUGGGUCUGGCUGCACUACCUUCUUGAAAGUCAUCUCCAAUCAGCGGUACGGCUACACAAAUAUCAGUGGCGAGGUGUUGUAUGGCCAGUUCGAUGCAGCCACGUUCAGCAAACGAUACCGUGGCGAAGCCGUAUACAAUGGAGAGGACGACAUCCACCACCCUACCCUGACCGUUGGUCAAACGCUUGAGUUUGCACUAGAUACCAAGAUUCCCGGUAAGCGGCCUGCCGGUUUGUCACGAGCUGACUUCAAAGAAAGGGUCAUCAAUCUCAUGUUGAAUAUGUUUAAUAUUGCACACACACGAAACACCAUCGUUGGCAAUCCUUUUGUUCGUGGCAUCAGUGGAGGAGAGCGCAAACGUGUCUCUAUCGCUGAGAUGAUGGUUACGGGAGCGACUGUGUGCUCGUGGGACAACACCACUCGUGGUCUUGAUGCGUCAACUGCUGUGGAUUGGGCUCGGUCACUUCGUGUCCUGACCGACAUCUACGGUUUAACAACAUUUGUGUCACUCUAUCAAGCUAGCGAGAAUAUAUACACACAGUUCGAUAAGGUCAUGGUCAUCGAUCAAGGUCGAUGUGUGUACUUCGGCCCAGCGAAGGAAGCUAGAGCAUAUUUUGAGGGACUCGGUUUCCUCGAGAAACCUCGUCAAACUACUCCAGAUUACCUCACUGGAUGUACCGAUCCUUAUGAACGAGAGUACAAGCAAGGUAGAAGCGCUGAGAAUGUCCCCAGUACGCCUGACGCACUCGCAAAAGCCUACACCGAGUCUGCCAUUUACAAGAACCAAGACCGCGAGAUGGCUGCAUACAGACAACAGAUCAAAGAGGAAAGACAGGUUUACGAAGAUUUCCAACAAGCCGUGAAGGACAGCAAACGUCACACCUCGCACAAGAAUGUGUACACCAUUCCAUUCUACCUCCAAACCUGGGCUCUCAUGAAGCGGCAAUUUCUUCUGAAGUGGCAAGAUAAGUUUGCGCUAACCGUGAGCUGGAUUACCGCGAUCGUCGUGGCUAUCAUUGUUGGAACUGUGUGGCUUGAUCAACCAAAAACUUCUGCCGGCGCUUUCACGCGAGGUGGAGUCCUGUUUAUUUCAUUGCUUUUCAACGCUUUUCAGGCCUUUGGGGAGUUGCCGGCCGUUAUGAUGGGUCGAUCGAUUGUGAACAAACACCGCGCCUACGCAUUCCAUCGGCCUUCGGCGUUGUGGAUUGGGCAGAUCAUGGUUGACAUGCUCUUUGCCGCCGUUCAAAUUCUCGUUUUUUCCAUCAUGGUCUACUUCAUGUGCAACCUGGUUCGCGACGCCGGCGCAUUCUUUACAUUCUACCUCAUGAUAGUAGUCACAUAUCUAUGCAUGACACUCUUUUUUCGAACCGUUGGCUGUCUCUGCCCGGAUUUCGACGUUGCCAUUCGGCUCGCUGCCACAAUUAUUACUCUGUUCGUGUUAACAUCAGGAUAUUUGAUUCAAUGGAACUCAGAGCAGGUCUGGCUACGUUGGAUUUUCUACAUUAAUGCAUUAGGCCUCGGAUUUUCGUCUCUGAUGAUGAAUGAGUUCAGCCGUUUAAACUUGACGUGUGAGGGCGCAAAUCUCAUUCCCAAUGGACCUGGGUAUGGCGACAUAAAGCAUCAGUCAUGCACGCUGACUGGAAGCAAGCCGGGGCAACCUAUUGUUAGUGGCGCGGAUUAUAUCAGGCAGGGAUUUGCAUAUCAGCCAGGCGAUCUGUGGCGCAACUUCGGCAUCAUUGUCUCCUUAGUUGUCGCCUUCCUGAUCGCGAACGUGUUCCUCGGCGAGUACGUUAAAUGGGGCGCAGGUGGGAAAACUGUCACUUUUUACGCGAAGGAAAAUAAGGAGACCAAAAAACUCAAUGCUGCUCUUGCUAAGCGCAAAGAGAACAGAAACCGCAAAGACGAUACCGGUGGUUCUCAACUCAACAUUGAGUCCAAAGCUAUUCUCACUUGGGAAGGUCUUAACUACGACGUGCCCGUACCAUCUGGUCAGCUACGGCUGCUCAAAGACAUCUUUGGAUACGUCAAGCCUGGGCAAUUGACAGCUCUAAUGGGAGCAUCAGGUGCCGGAAAAACUACAUUGCUUGAUGUCCUUGCGGCCAGGAAAAAUAUCGGAGUGAUCUCUGGCCAGAUCCUCGUUGAUGGCGUGCAGCCGGGAAAGGCAUUUCAACGUGGCACAUCUUAUGCUGAACAGCUGGAUGUUCAUGAGGACGCGGCGACCGUCCGCGAAGCGCUGCGUUUUUCGGCUGACCUCAGACAACCCUAUCAUGUUUCAAGAGAGGAAAAAUACGCAUACGUGGAAGAAGUUAUCAGUCUUCUCGAAAUGGAGGACAUUGCGGACGCAAUCAUUGGUUCGCCUGACUCAGGUCUUGCUGUGGAGCAGCGAAAGCGAGUUACCAUCGGUGUCGAGUUGGCCGCAAAACCUGAGCUUCUCCUGUUCUUAGAUGAACCAACCUCCGGCCUCGAUUCACAGUCAGCUUUCAACAUUGUUCGGUUCCUACGUAAGCUCGCAGCGGCAGGCCAGGCAAUCCUGUGCACGAUUCACCAGCCAAACUCAGCACUUUUCGAAAACUUUGAUCGCCUCCUCCUCCUUCAGCGCGGGGGACAAUGCGUCUACUUUGGGGACAUCGGAAAAGAUGCCCAAACCCUUCUGUCGUAUUUCUCGAAGCAUGGUGCCCACUGCCCACCUGACGCAAAUCCGGCAGAGUGGAUGCUUGAUGCCAUAGGAGCAGGCAUUGCGCCACGUAUAAACCCGGACGGCAAUCCGAAUAAAGAUUGGGCGGACACAUGGCGUGAAUCUGAAGAGUUAGCAUCGAUAAAACAGGAUAUCAUUCGCAUGAAGCAGGAGCGCUCGCAGGAAGUUAGUGCUGCUCUGCUUGGGGAGCAACACGAGUACGCAACACCGCUGUGGCACCAGAUCAAAAUCGUCUGCACCCGCCAAUCGCUUUCAUUCUGGCGAACGCCCAAUUAUGGGUUCACUCGCCUUUUCAAUCACGUCAUCAUUGCCCUUCUCACCGGAUUAUGCUACCUUCAACUGGACGACUCGAAGACUUCACUUCAGUAUCGCGUUUUCAUCAUCUUCCAGGUAACCGUCCUCCCCGCCCUCAUUCUGGCCCAGGUGGAACCAAAAUAUGCCAUGGCAAGGAUGAUCAGUUACAGGGAGCAAGCCGCCAAAGCCUACCGCACAUUCCCAUUUGCGUUAUCUAUGGUCGUUGCUGAGAUGCCAUACAGUAUACUGUGCGCUGUAGCUUUCUUUCUGCCCAUCUACUACAUACCAGGCCUUCAGUCGGCGCCUAGUCGCGCCGGGUACCAGUUCUUCAUGGUUCUUAUCACUGAAUUUUUCUCUGUUACGCUUGGCCAAAUGAUUGCGGCACUGACCCCAACACCGUUUAUCGCAGCACUCACAAAUCCCUUCGUGAUCAUCGUAUUUGCUCUCUUCUGUGGCGUAACAGUGCCCAGGCCUCAAAUUCCCAAAUUCUGGCGCGCAUGGCUGUAUGAACUGGAUCCGUUCACUCGUCUCAUCGGUGGCAUGGUAGUCACUGAGCUCCAUGGAGAGAUUGUUCGCUGUCGCUCGUCAGAAUUCAACACUUUCACCGCCCCCGAGGGUCAAACAUGUGGCCAGUAUAUGUCGGAUUUCUUUGCCGCUGGAGGCAGCGGGUACAUUCUGAACAACGACACCAGCAACUGCCAGUACUGUGCCUAUAGUGUUGGGGAUCAGUUUUACGCGCCCCUUGGAUACUCUUUUGAUACUAGGUGGCGCGAGCUAGGUAUUCUCGCCGCUUUUAUCGGAAGUAAUUUGAUCAUCUUGUUCCUCGGGGCACGAUUCCUCAAUUUUAACAAGCGGUAACAAGUUGGACAUUGUGUGCUGCAGGGAAGGAAUAAAAAAAAAGCAAAAGUUUUUUAAUUGAAGAAGAUUA